CAAAAGAAUGGCUGUCCUGACGUAGCUGAAACUCGAAAGGGCUCCCUCGCCCCGGUGUUCGUCAAACCCUUGGAUACACCGCACCUUCCACGCUUGCCCAAGCGGACAUACAUACGCUGUGACAUCACAUUAGACAAGCUCCAUUGAUAAGUCACAUAAACUUACUGGCUCUCCGCGUCGUGGGCGCCAAAAGGAGGAUCAACCAUGGCAUCCUCAACCUCCGCUCCCUCUGUGGCGACCGAGCCCGAGUACCGCAUUAAGCGGGUCCAGUUCUUCGGACGCGAGUCCGUGCCAAUCUUCAUGCAGAAUGUGAACGGGCCCUGCCCGCUCCUGGCUCUGGCCAACAUUCUCUCUCUACGCAACCAGCUGCCGCCGCUGCCCGCCGCCUCCAACCCCUCCAUAUCCGAGAAGCGCCUCAUCGCGCUGGUGGGCGAGCGCCUGCUGGACGCCAACCUGAGCUCCGCCGCCGCCGCCUCCAACGCCGGCUGCACCGACCUGCAACAGAACCUGAGCGACAGCCUGGACAGCCUGCACAAGCUGUGUGUGGGCAUGGACGUCAACGUGCGCUUCAACAGCGUGUUCGGCUUCGAACCCACGCAGUACGUGUCCAUCUUCGACCUGCUGGACAUCUCGCUGUGCCACGGCUGGCUGGUGGACCCGGACGACGCCGAGGCCGUCCGGGUGGUGGGCGGCCGCUCCUAUAACGAACUCAUCGAGCUCAUCGUCACCACACUGGACGCAGUGCAGCCCACGCAGCAGCCGGAGGCGGCGCCGGCGGCGCAGCCGCCCGCCGCGGCGGUGGCGGCGGCUGCGCCGCCUCCGCCUCCAGAGCCGGCGGUGAAGCUUGAGCCCAACGUGCCCGUGAUGCUCAGCCCGCAGGCCUCAGCGGAGGAGACGGAGCGGGCGCGGGCGGUGGCUGCGGCGGCGGCGGCGUCAGCGGCGGCGGCGGCGGCGGGGGCAGCUGCGGGGGCUGUGGAGGGCGCCACUGCAAGCGGGUCGGGGCAAGCCGCACCGGCGCCUGCGCCGGUUGUGGCGGAGCCGGGGCCAGAAGCGCCGGCGGCAGGCGCGUCAGCAGCGCCAGCGGCGGCCUCUGCGGCUGCUGGGCUUACGUCCACCGGACCCGCACCUUCACCAGCACCCGCACCAGCACCCUCGCUCGCGCCUGCGGCGCCGGCGCCAGCCGCUGCGGUCGCAUCGGAGCCGCACCAUCAGCCGGAGGCGACCAGCCGCAGCGGUGGCGGUGGAGCUGCCUCCGGAGGGAGCCCUGCGCCCGGCACUGGUGCUGCUCCUGCUGCCUCUAGCUCGCCGGCUGCGGCGGCGGCAAGCAGCCCUAACGGUGGAGGUGGAGACGGGCCGGCGGCGCCGCCGCCCUUCCGCCUGGACCCCUUGGAGGAGGCGCCGCCGGGACCGCCCGCAUACCCGGCGAUUGUGCCCACGCCCUCGGUUGCGGCCGCGCCGGUACCGGUGGGGGAGCCGGUGCCGGAGGCUGCAGCGCCCGCGGCAGCGGCGCCAGUGGACGUGCCCGCGACUGCGGCAAUGCCGGCGCCGUCCGAGGCGCCCCCAGGGACCUUGCUUGCGUCAGCGCCGGUUCCGACGCCUGCGCCAGCAGCCGUGCCGCCACCUGCCGCAGCAGGACCCGCUGCAGCCACAUCAGCGCCUGCACCCGCGGCACCGACGGCAGCUGCGUCGGCGGCGCCGGCAGCACUGCCGCCAGCGGCGACUGCAACACCGCCACCAGUGGUGCCGGCGGCAGCACCGCCCCCAGUGGCGCCGGCAGCACCCCCACCAGCAGUGCCGGUGGCGGCACCGCCCCCAGUGGCGCCGGCAGCACAGCCACCAACGGCGCCUGCAGCACCGUCGCCAGCGGUGCCGACGGCGGCAGCGCCACCAGUUGUGCCGCCGGCAACACCGUCGCCAGUGGUCGCGGAGGCGGCGUCGCCACCAGCGGCGGCGGCGGCGGCACCCCCACCAGCGCCGCCGGUUGCAGUGGGCAGCGACCUUAUCAACUUCGACGACGACGAAGACGACGUUCCCCCGCCACCCCCACCUCCUCCCCCUCCACCUCCUCCCCCGCCCCCUCCGCCGCCCCCUCCCAUGCCGCCCGCGCCCUCUCCGCCGCCUCCUCCCCAGCCCUCCGCCGCCUCCGCCACCCCCUCUCCCCCUGGCCACCACGACGCGCACGACCCGGACCGCCUGGCCCGGCGCGCCUACGAGGUAAUGGUGGCCAAGGACUUCCUGGACGGCUCCUGCUCGCAGCUGACGCCCUGGGGGCUGCGGGCGCUCAAGGCAGGGCUCAGGCCGUCGCAGCUGGCCGUGUUCUUCCGCAACAACCACUUCAGUGUGGUGUUCAAGCACGGCACCAGCCAGGAGCUGUACCUGCUGGUCACGGACCAGGGCUACCUCAACGAGCCGGACGUGGUGUGGGAGCACCUGUCCAGUGUGGCUGGCGACACGCAGCUGUGCAGUGCCGACUUCAAACCCUUCAAGCCGCACAAGGACCCCGCCGUGGUGGCGGCGGCAGCGGCAGCGGCGGACGCAGGCGCCGCGCUGGUGCCGGGCGGUGACAUGACCGAGGCCGACGCCGCCGCCAUCGCCGCCUGCCUGGCGGAGGACGAGGCGGCGAUGGCGGCGCAGCAGGACGCGGCCGUGGCGGCGGCGGCAGUGGGCGACGGCGACCUGGACCUGUCCGGCCUAGACCUACACGACUCGCCCGGUCCCGGGGGUGCGGGUGCGGGAGCGGGAGCGGGGGCACGCAGCAGUCCACAGUACCAGAUCGGGCUGCCGGUGGGGGCGGCGGCGGCCUCGGCGGGCGCACGCGUGCCGCAGAGCUACGGCGCCACGGCGGGCGGCUACCCGUCUCCCUCGGUCGCACCCACAGGCGCACAGCAGCAGCAGCAGCAGCCGUACCCGGCCUACCCACCGCAGCAGCAGCAGCAGCCUUACCCGGCGCAGGCGGCACCCGCGCCAGCGGCGGCGGCUUCGCCGCGCCCGGCGCACUACCCGCCGCCCCAGCCGCAUGCCGCCUCUGCCGCGGCGGCGGCGCACCACCAGCACGACCUGGAUGCUGACCUGGCGCUGGCUCUGCGGCUGCAGGAGGAGGAGGAGGAAGAGGCGCGGCGGGAGGAGGCGGCGCGGCGGCGGCAGGGGCAGCAGGGUCAGGGGCAGCAGCAGGCGGGGGCGUACGGGCAUCAUCACCACCAGCAGCAGCAACAGCAGCAGCAGCAGCAGGCUGGGGGCGGCGGGUAUCGUGGCGGGACCUACAACCCUGCGUACCGGCAGCAGGCGCAGGGGCAGGCGCGGCCGCCGGCGCCGCAGCAGCCGCCACAACCGCCACCAGAGGAUAAGGACAGCAAGUGUGUGAUGAUGUGAGGACGCUGGCAUGAACGUGUUUUACGGCACGUGAUGCAAGGGCUGUCGUUGUGAGGCACACUUUGAUAUAUGUGGUACAGUGUGCUGCAGGGGUGUUGGGUGUGAGGCUUGAUGUGUCCACACGGGCCUGUGAUUUCAUGGAAACGUUGCUGCGUAGGCUGCGUGCGUGUUGCACUUGAUAUGCACAGGGGGCUAUGUGCGUGAGAGAUACCUAGUGGCUACAUGGUAGGGUUACAAGUGCGAGCGGGACGCAGUCGUCGAAGGGCAAUGCACUCUCGAAGGCCCUGAGGACUGGCGGGAAAACCACAGAGGCAUGCCCGGUCGCACAUCGUCGAUGAUGCGGCUGCAUCCUGAGCUGUUCGCAUUUGUAUUGCUUUUGGUAGCCUGUCGAGAUUGCGGGUAUACAUACAUGCGGUUGAAAGAAAAUCCGAAGACGACAGUUCGCAACACCCAAGCGCCAAUCUGUCGCUGGGCGAGCCGCAACACUAAGAGCAGCUGGAUUACAAUUGUUUCCACCAGUUCAACCACACAACGCCUGCAACAAUGCAUGAAUUGUCAGCCGAGAACAAGUCUGUGCCAGCAACUAAGCAAGUCACUCGAGUUU